UAUUGCCACAUCUGCUGCUGGGAAGACUACUGCAUCGUUGCAUGCAGUGAUGCUGCGGGACAGUGAAGAAGGUUGGAUUGUUGGUUAGUGAGUGUUUGAUGUUAUAGUUUUAUUCGUUUCGUGGCAAUCAUGUGUUCCUUACGGUGUGCCUCGUCGGGUAUGCUGCUGUUAAUGGAGAUAGCAGUGUUUCUAGCGCUGCUCCUCCCCGCUGCCAUCGUUCGUUGUGAUAAUGUUGAGCUGACGGUGCAGCCGCCCAGCGUAAUGAUUGCGGUACUGAUCCGCAACAAAGAACACACGUUGCCAUACUUUUUCACUUACCUCGAGGAACUCGAAUACCCCAAGGAUCGCCUUUCAAUCUGGAUACGAUCGGAUCAUAAUGAAGAUCGCAGCAUCGAGAUCACGAAAGCCUGGCUGAAGCGCUCCACUCCGCUGUACCACAGUGUGGACUUCAAGUAUCGCACAGAACCGGCCGGUAAGCGGGAGAGCGAAAAAACCUACACGCACUGGACGGAGGAUCGGUUUGCGGACGUGAUUCGAUUGAAGGAGGAAGCCCUGCAAACGGCCCGGAAGAUGUGGGCCGAUUAUGUGCUCUUUCUCGAUGCGGAUGUAUUCCUCACUAAUCCACGAUCCUUGAAGGCGUUGAUCGAUCUGAAGCUACCCAUCGUAGCGCCGAUGCUCGUAUCGGAUGGACUGUAUUCGAACUUUUGGUGUGGUAUGACGGCCGAUUACUAUUACCACCGGACGGAUGAUUACAAAAAGAUUCUCAACUACGAGCUGGUCGGCCAGUGGGCCGUGCCGAUGGUGCACAGUGCCGUUCUCGUAGAUCUGAACGUGGCGGAAUCACGUCGUCUUACGUUCGAACGACGAAACCUACCGGCCGGCCGGUACAAUGGUCCGGUGGAUGAUAUUAUCAUUUUUGCCAUGUCGGCCAACUACUCGAGCAUUCCGAUGCAAGUGUGCAACGCGUUGCUGCACGGUUACAUUAUGGUUCCACUGGAAGCUGGUGAAACGGUGGAAGGGAAGGAUCUGGAGCAGCUGACGAAUAUUCUCGGGUACAUUUUGAACGAGUACGGCGAGGUUAAGCUCAAGCAGGACAUGAAGAAAUACGUUCCCGUUGUUGAGAAGGAUAAACUGUCGCUUUCGCACAUCUAUAUGAUCAACCUGGAGCGGCGAACGGAACGAAGGAGCAAAAUGCUAGCGCAUUUCGACCUGCUUGGGCUGCAGGUUGAACACUUCCCUGCCGUCGAUGGUAAGCUGUUGACGGAUAAGAAAGUGCAGGACUUGGGCAUUCGCUUUCUUCCCGGCUAUGCGGAUCCAUUCCACAAACGUCCUAUGACGAUGGGUGAGAUCGGUUGCUUCCUCAGUCACUACUACAUCUGGGAGAAAAUGGUCCGCUUAGGACUAGCAGAAGUGCUCGUCCUGGAAGACGAUAUCCGCUUCGAGCCGUUCUUCCGCCGCCGGGCACACCGCGUGUUGGAUGAUGCCCGUCGGAUCGGUGGCUGGGAUUUGAUCUACUUCGGUCGCAAACGAUUGCAGGAGGAGGACGAAAAGUGGAUCACCGGGUCGGAGUUUCUCGUGCGGGCAGGAUACUCCUACUGGACGCUCGGUUACGUGAUAACGCUCGAGGGCGCAAAGAAGCUGCUGCGUGAACGGCCCCUCGAGAAGCUGCUUCCCGUCGACGAGUACCUGCCGAUCAUGUUCGAUAACCAUCCGAACGAGAGCUGGGCCGGACACUUCCCGGAUCGUACGUUGGCCGCGUGGAGUACCGCACCGUUGCUGCUCUUCCCAACGCACUACACCGGCGAUGAGGGUUACAUUUCCGAUACCGAGGAUUCGGCUCGCAUCGAUGGUACGGAGGCACCGGGAGGUAGCAGCAAGGAUCAAGAUGGCCCCGGUACUCCAGCGGGAGUUAACGAAACGGGGCGCGAUGCAGCAGCCGAGCAGAAAAAGGGUGACAAAGAGCAGCUGCCGAAUGCGUCCUCUGCUCUGUUGGCCGAAUCUGGGCUGGAGCAGGGUGAGCACGAACUAGAGGCGGCCAACCGGCGCAGCGAGCUCUAGCGUUCCUGGAACGGCUCGCAACAGCCACAUUACCCAAAGAAUCUAACAAUCUAGAGUUAGACCUAGUGAUAAGUACACAAACUAGUGUGUUCUCGUGCCUUAUACUCGACCAGCGCAUUCAGCAUUUAGACAAUGCCGUGCAUCCUCGUAUAAUCUGCCAUUUAUGUAGGAAAAGUACAAUAAAAC